ACUGAUACCAUUCCUUUCUAGAGGUUGAAAGUGAGCAGUAUGGCAGAUUCAGACAUUUCUCCGGAGGCAAUAACUGCAUCGAAGAAAGUACUGUGUGCUCUACUCUUCACCGGGAUUCUACUUCAGUACGCGGGGAGGACCAGUGUGUCUGUUGUCCUUUUGCAACUACAGGAUUCAGCAGGCAACAACACAAACACCAAUGUCUCCAAGCCUAAGGCCGAGUACAGUCAGUUCGAAGUCGGAGUAAUACUGAGUUCGGUCUAUGCUGGUUUGCUGACCUCGAGUUUUACUGGUGGUUUCCUGGCCUAUCGGUAUAGUGCUAUGAGGGUGCUCUUGAUGUCAGUCGGCAUCAGCUCCGUUGUCCACUGUGUCGCCCCUGUUGCGUUUCAACGCUUUGAGACUGCGGUUACUCAACGUGUUCUGGCAGGUCUGGCAGAGGGUUUAUCCGAACCUGCAGUUUAUGGUGUUCUCGGUGAAUACAUGCUACCAAGGCAAAGCGCAAGAGUUGCUCCAUACGUCUUUGCAGGCAUCUAUCUCGGCCAGUUCGUUGGACUCAUCUCGACAGGCUUCAUAACGCAAAGGCUGUCCUGGCAGGUGACAUUCUACGUAUUUGCUAGGUUGUACUGCAAGCCACAACUUGCAAGGCAGCUGACUUCCAGCAGUCUUCGGGGGUUUCGCCCCUUGUAUCAGGACCCCCUCAGGCUGGCGGGGCGGUGA